GAUAAUCCGGAGGCCGUGGACGAGCGAGUCGAACGGGGACGUGAGGUUUAGGAGGCCACCUAAAUACUAGAUUAGCACCAUUUGACGAAUCGGCGACAAGUAAAAUUGCAAGAAGGUCGGAGUGGAUUUCAGUUGUCAUGAAGGAAGUCUGUCCUGCCACUGAACUACGAUGCGGGAGACUCACACGACGCCAGGAGCGCUAAACCUGAAAAUAACGUGACAAACUGAUGGCGCUUCGUCAGUCCACGCGAUGGCUCGCAGAGAAUGUAAGCUCGAAGCCGAUCCCUGUCAAGUCGAGUAUCGCUCUUUUACCACCCAUUCCAUUGUUCCGUCGAAUACUGCGUGAGCACCGACACUUGCCACUUGAAAUGCGCGCCUUGGGUGAUCCGUAUGUAAAAGAUGAAUUUCGGCGCCAUCGAGAUACAACAAAUCCUGUUCAUAUUAUGGGCUUCCUGUCUCAAUGGAAAAUGUAUCUUGACGCAUUAGCAGCUGAUCCAGGCGGAACAUUUAGGGGUAAGCCUCUGGAUCCAGUUUUAUUCGAAAAGAUGUCAGACGAGCAGCUCGGCCAACUGUAUGAGCUCAUGCAUGCUAGCAAGGACGUGUGGAAGCCUGCCUCUGGAGACUCGCUGGAGUAUGAUGAGGAGCUCCAAAAGACAAAGUCAUGACAUUCACACUUUAUGCCAUCGUACCAACCAAUAUAAUGCUUUGAUCAGAU